CAGUGCUGCAGCUACCCAGCAUCGAGGAUGGCGGUUAGUGUAUCCCCUCGUACUCGUCCGGGCCUGUACAGAGAGCGCAUUGCAUUCCAUGCAGGCCAAGGGAGCAAGACGGAGGGUUAACAAGGCUGCUUACGCCUUACCUCGGGCCCAAACCGAGUCCCCCCGGCGGCCAGGGCCCAUGCUAUCGCAGCGGUCGAGGCGUUCGCGACCCCCCCUUGGCCGCGGCGAGUGCUUGGGGGCGCUGACUCUUGGCAAACGAUGCGUGAGUCUUGUGUGCCUUCUCCGUCCCCGAAACACUUCCACUUUGAAGACAACUCACCAUGCCCCUGUGGCGCCCGGCGGAACCUGCGGGCUAGGUGCCAUCCGCGAUGGUCACGAUUUUGAUGUCCUUUUCGCGGUAAGCAGGCGGCGUUGACACCGAAAGCAGUGUCGCGGCACCGGCAGAGGGGCCUUAUCAGAAGACGGCGGGUGCGAGAUGGUCAACCGUUACCGCGUCUUCGGGCCCAAGCGCUGUUCCAAAAAGCUCUAAUGCAUACAAGGAUACUCCAGAAUAUUUCAUUUAACAGCUUACCACCUCACUGAUGUUCGGCCUGCCCUCUCUGCCCCCCUCCCCGCUGUCCUUUAAA